AGCAGAUUCACAAGGCCAACUCGCCACCACCACCACUACCACUACUAACUACUUUCAUUCUCGUGAUUUUGACAUUUUCACAAUUUUCAGUCGGUGUUUAGACGGGAGAGAAAAAAAAAAUUGUUUGUAAAGUUUAGUGUCUACCUGAAAAUAAAUAAAUAUGUCUAUUAAAAACAAUAACAUGUGGAUGUUUGGCCUAGUUUUGUUUACUGUUACAGUAGUUGCCUUAAGUACUGCCCAAUCAACAGACCCUUACGACAAAUUAGCUGAUCAUUGGUUCAAUAAAUGUAACAACGAAACAAAAGGGACUGUAGCCUUCGACAAACUAUAUUCGAAUAGCGUCGAGUUCAAGAGGUACUUGAAAUACACCUUCAAGUUUAUCCCAGGAGAGAAGAAAGUAUUUUGUGAUAAAGAACGUGACAUCCUAAAAAAGAGGAUGCAGGAACUAACGUCCAACAUGAGACCUUGUUUGCCCCAAAAGGAAAAGUUUUUUGAACAAUUUAUAUAUGACAGCUUCAAGGAAGUCUUGCACUUUUUGUGUCAUAAUAACGGAGAACACAUUGAUGCUUUCUUUUCGACCAGAUCCAGUGAAUGCCGAAACAAACUGUUCAACUCAGAAAAUCCAAAUUUGGGAAAUUGUUUCUCUGGAAUAUUCAGACCUGCAUCAGGCCUUAAUAAAACAGUUUUGUGCUCUGAUUAUGGAGUAGUCAAAAAAUGUUUUGCCGAAGCCUUGACACAGAACUGCCCAGCCGAUGGUGGCUUCAAAAAACUUAACGAAGACUUCUUUAGUUACGCUAGUAAACCCUGCUCAGGCUGUGCUUUCUACAUCAACUCAUUGUUACUGACUGUUUCAAUACUCGCGUCGUACAUCUUUAGUCGUAAAUAACUUGAGUUUUUUAAUUAGAAACUCUGCUAUCCAAUUUUGUUGUUGAUCUAUGGUACGAAAACUACAUAAACAUAAUAAUUUCUAAUGGUCUUUUUAACGGAGUUUAGUAAUUGUGACGUUUGAUAAUCUGCUACAAAUAUUGUAAAUUGAAUAAUGUUCAUAAUAAAUGUCUCCGUGGCAAAUAUUUGCUACCAAAUCAAUUGCAAAAUAUAUCCCAAAUUCAAUUUCUUUUAGCACAUUCCAGUAGCCUUUAUUUAAUAUAAUAUCUAGAACAUGUUUAUAAGAACCAAAAAGUCUUUGUAACAAAUUCAUUUGCCGUUUUUUCAGAUUCACCAGAAUAUGUAAAACUAAAGAGUGCAAAUAGUAAUUCUAUAAUUCUUCUAAUAAUACGGAGAUAUUGAAUAAUGUUAAAACGCUUGGAAUACGCUGAAAAUAAAACGAAAAUAUGGAAUCUCUAAUAAAAAAUAUGAAGCAUUGUUAUGUUAUAAAUAGUAAACAAACCGGCAAAUUUACAGGAACGCAGGUAUAUAUAAAGGCACGUAUCCACUAUGUUGGCGCUCCGCGUUCCAUGCAACUGCUCUAAUCGAUAGGGCAUGCGCUGCUCUACAUAUAAACCGCCACCCUUUUAACCCACUCUCCAGUUUCUUCCAAUUUAACAUUGCGAUUGAACUGUCUUGAUUAAAAUGUAAAAUUAAACAAUAAUAGUAGAUCUAUCAAUAAAACACUGAAAACGUUUGUUUUCUAUACUUCCACAAAAUUUAUUACAACUAUGUGACUAAAGCUGUAAUCAUAAUCAUUCUUUUAAUGAACAGUUUCAAAUUCUGCAUAUUCAAAGUAAAAACCUUAAGCUAUCUUUAUUAGAAUCUAUGGAAAUUAAUAAAUUGAAAAAUACAGAUAUAAUUCUGAAUGGCCAACUCGAGACAAACAGCUCCCCACUCCUCAACUUCUUCAGUUAAAGACUUUAAAAAGACAAACCCAUAGUAAUCUAAAUCACUUGAGGAAGGCACUCUGCCGAAACAGCUGUAGUCACAUAGUUGUAAUAAAUUUUGUGGAAGUAUAGAAAACAGACGUUUUCAGUGUUUUAUUGUUAGAUAAAAUGAACUUCCAUCAAGUAACUGUCGAAUCCAUCAAUAAUAGUAGAAUUCCAUGGCAGUCUUGAUUUACUCAAUCACCAAAUAAAAAAUAUGCCCCUCAUUUUAUAAAAUUUAACUCCGUGCCUUUAUAUGCCAGUGCGUCUGUUUAGAAAUUAGUCUAAUGUUUCAUCUUUCAUAUUAUAAUGAUAAGUUCAUAUACUAAUAAUUAAACCAUUAAAUUAUAUAAAAUUAGGGCUCGAAAAACUAAACUAACUCAACCAACUGAAAGUUUAAACGUAAACUGAAAGUUCGGCUUUUGUUAACAUUUACAUAAUACUCACAUAUACAGAUUCGGAAAAAUUUCGAUGAGAUAUUUCGGCUACCUAAUAGCGCUAUAUCGUUUUAAGUAGGUGUUUCUGACUUAGUAGCAUGUAAAGUCAAUACCUUCUUUAAAUUCUUACCGAUGCUGUAUUUCUGCAUUGUUGCGCUCUAUACUUCUUAUUCUUUGUAUUCAUUUAACUCUCCACCUCAGAAGUCCAUAACUGUAUUAGAAAAAUAUCUGCCUUGUUAGUCACAAUAAGGAUACCUAAUAUAAAAAAGUUGUCUUUUUGCUUUAAAAUCGUGUGUCAGAUCUAACGUAUCUAAAUAUUUGAUUGUUAAAUGAUCUACACCAAUAAAAAAAUAUGUAAUUUUCUUGUAUUAUAUUAAUUAAUAUUAACUGUAUAUGUAUAUAAUAUAUUUCAUGAAGCUUAAUUCGAUUUAAUUACAUAUUUUAUUUAUUAAGUAAAAGUAUGUAUAUUUCAUUAAUCCCACUGUAAAUUUUGCUAACAAGGCUAAAUUUUGCAUGGGUGUUAGAUAUUGUAAAUAUCAAAUAACAAUUAUAUUUUGCAAUGUCUGUUGACACAUAAUUCUAUUGUUGUAAAUAAAGUAUAUUUGGAUUAUUUAUCAAUUUAGGUGCAUAUAUUUGUAAUUGAUUUGUGAGCAUUUAUUUUUAAUUACAAAGGAUUUAUUAUUAAUAACCCAAAUCACGCAUAUUUAUGUAAAUUAUUGUUAAGACAACACAGAACAUACCGUUUAAUACAAAACGUAAAAAUUUAUGUGAUUUAGCACUCUGGUGUAAUUUUGGUUCCAACAUAGUCGGGUGCAAUCAUCGGAGAAGCCACUCUUGAUUAGCUUUUACUAUUUUUUGUGAUAACGGCAGCAGAUUUUUUUUAUAAAAAGAACUAGUCAAACAUAUUUCAUUCAUUUUUGACAGAUCAUAAAAAUUAUUAAUUUAACAUUUAGAAGGUAAUUUCAAUAGCAACGUGUUUCAUCCAUUAGAUGAUAUGUGACCUUCUGCACUGUUACAAAUAACACACAUGAAAACAGUAUAUGAGAGAUAGAUAAUUUUUGAGUAUAUAGUUGGAUAGUCUCCUUAUACUAGUCAAAAAAGUGCCUGUUUCAGAUCUUGGUUUCUUUGUACCAUCUGGGACCCAUCUUUUUUUAACUGUGUUAUGAAGUGUUGUGAUUUUUCUUUGAAGUUGAAGUUUUAUUUAAGCUGUCCACUCACAGUACACAGUACUGCGUUAUCGUUCGACAAGAUCGUCGAUGAUAUCAAUUUUUGCAAUACUGCAGUAGACAGGCCAGUCUAAUUGGCAGGUCUGCGGUCAAAUUGUACGAUUUCGUUGGAUGCACGGUCACACACGAUCAAAAUGUUUACCAAUUAGUCGAAUUCGACAAAGUGGCCAACUUUAUAGUUAAUCAAGCACAAGUUCGGGAGAGACUUGUUUUAAAAACAGUCUGCUGAAAAUAGGUUUUUUUGUUAAAUAUAUUAAUACUCAAUAUGGAAAAUUAUAAUGAUAAAUAAAUUGCCUUUUAUUUUUUAAGCAUUUUAUACUAUUCGUCCAAAGGUAAUAAUUAAUAGAAUAAGAAAACAGAUUUUAUAGUUUAUUGUUAAAACAACGAAUUGAAAAAUAGAAGAAUCGGAAUUCCACAUUUAAAAUAUGGAACUAAUUCCAUGUGUCGGCUCGAUGUAGAAGUAGAUUGAUGAACUAAAUCUAGUGGACGCUGGAUUCGAACCACAAGUCAGCUAGAUAAUUUUCAAAACAUAUUAGGUAUAUAUAAAAUCCAAAGUUAUAGGCUUUCAAAUGAGUAGUACGGUGAGAGAUACGGUUUCACGGCUCGAUGAAACUCGUAUAAGUAAUUCCUGCGGAUGCAAAAAAUUACCAAUAUAAAAUACCAACCGAACAUCCCUGAAAGAAGAUAAUUAGAAAUAAAUAAAAUCCUCAUAUAAAGCAAAAUAUACAUAAUGUGAGAUAUAAACUGUUAUAUGAGUGAUGUGAAAUUAACAAGAAACAUAGAGCUGAAUGAAAGGACACACGCAGGAGAAAAUAGCUAGAUAAAAGUCGAAAUUAUGUGAUACAAUAAUAGGAGAAACAUUGCCUUUAAAAAUACUAAGUAUUAAUAACUUUUAUAAACUUUUUCUGGCACUAUUAAUAACACUUAGCCAUUGUAACUCGUUUUGGAAGACAUUUUCGAUGUGCCAAUAAUUAACAAUUUGUCAAAUAAUGUGCCUCUCAUGUCCAUAAACUGUGAUAACUAAAAAUAUAUAUUUUACUUAAUAGUAUUUAUUGUAAUGAUAAUUAACAUGUUCUGUGUUGUUUAAACAUUAAUCUUCUCUUCUAAAUACUAUCAAAUAAUAUGUAUAGAUUAUGAUUCUCUUGAUUUAUUGGACUUUUAUUGCGCGAGUAAGUAGUAUUGAAAGAUGAGCAAAUUUCUUAAAUAUUACAUAGUAGAAAUCCGAUCACCCAAAUCUGAAGUGAUUGCUGUUCAAUAUAAAGUAAUACUUAUUUCAAAGUACUUAAUCAAAAUAUCCAAAUUAAAUUACUUUCAAUUUCCAAAAUACCUCUGACCACUAGACUAUAUUUUUGUUAAUUAGUAUAUUUCGGCAAGUAAUACCGAAAUAUAUUAGAAACAAUUAGAUAUUGUUUGUGUAGUAAGCAAGUCUCUCAAUGAGCUUACUUCUUUUUCCCUUUUGUGGACGUCCGUGAAAUUUGGGCCUCCUUUUUAAUUGCGUACAAUUAUGGGCUUCAACGUAAUUAUUAAUACCAUCAACAAUUCUUCCUAAUGAUUGAUGAGAUAAUACGGCGUUCCCGGCCACUGUUAAUCAAACAGUACGAAUCUAUAGAAUUUCAGCUGCUUCAACAGCCGACUGCGCUUGAGCUUGUCACGUGAUGAAAAUGUAUAUAACACACACCUUAAUGGCGCUUGGCACACUUCUUUGACUACAACCCCCACCACACUCACGAGUAGUAGUGAUUACGCAGAUAAAAACUGAACUUGGGUUGCUUUGAAAAGGUUUUUAUUAUUUUAUCUUUAGUUUUGUCCAUGAUGGCAGGUGUAAUUUUUCCCGUCAAUUCAUCAAAGCUCUUCAAAUAUAUUCUUAUGUAAUUGACAAACAUGUAUGCAAAUCUUUGUUUAAAAAUACUCGGGAAAUCCGGGAUCUUUAAUACACUGACAAGGAUCUGGACGUAUUGCCUUUUAAGAAUCUUGAAAGCACGGAUUCUCCAGUCGCCAUUAAUCGAAUUUCUCCCAAUCUCUAUUGGCUUUGUUCAUUUGUACCUUCAGUAGUUCUUCUAACUUACGUCCUCGGUUAUAUUGGUGUUUAGAAAUACAAGUUUUUUCUAUUAUAAUCUUUAUAGCCACCAUAGGGCGAUUACCAUAAUCUUGCAAAUUACACUUAAAUUAUCAGUAGUAAUUGCACAAGAGCUCUAAAAUUAUUGAAUUUUUCCCGAGUGUCACUUUGGCAGUUUUAAUUGCACGAGCCGAAGGCGAGUAAAAUUAUGUCAAAGUGUCACGAGGGCAAAAAUUCUAUAUUAAUUUUAGAGUUCGAGUGCAAUUUGUUGCGAUUAUUUCAUGAAUAAAACUGUUCAAAACCAAAAUUUCAUUGUAAUUUAUAUAUGUAAGUACCAAUUAGUGAAAUUAAACACACAGUUGUUAUAAAUAUGUAUUUGACGGUUGAAAGUCAUCACUUUUAUAAUUUUUAAAACAGUUGUCAUUAAUGUCACUGAAUGUAUUUUUUCGUAGCAACGAAGGGCAUCUGACGUAAUAUGCUUAACGACGGGAGAUUAUCAAAAAUUAUCACCUUAAUUUGCAUGUCUGUAGCUUUCUAUUGGUCAGAAUCUCCUAUGAAUGAAAUAAUCACAAUAAUAUUUCUUAGUCUCGAUCUAGUCACGAUUACCUUAGUGUUUAGGAUUAUUUUAUUUUGGUUAAUAUUGAAUAAUUACAAAGAUAGUUAUAUAACAAAUGUCCCAUUAUCGGUAGGGUUUGUUGUAUAAGUAACUAUUUGAAUUGUGUAUUAUUUAAUAUAUAACACUGUAUUCGGGCAAGAUUUCAGAUGUAUCAAAACAUGAUUUUAGUUAAAUGUUGAUGAUGUGAGCACAUAUUAUUUAUGUAGGGAAGGUAAUAAGUCUACUAUACUACUCACAAGUUUAUUCGAUUUUAUUUAUUUAAAGUGUAAAAGUAAAAGUUGGGCGAUCGGUUUCGAUGUUUAAAAUAUACAUCAUCAUCAGGCCCUUAAGAAGCUAAGAUAUCAGUACAUAGAAUUAGCAAAUUAGCCCUUUCCCUCUAGACAUUUUUUAUAUUAAAGGAUUUUUGUGAUACCAAAUUGUGUGUACAAUUUUUUAGUUGUCUCGUUGGUCUCAUUAACAAAAAUUCUUUAAUAUAAAAAAUGUCUAGAGGGAGGGGGCUAAUUUGCUAAUUCUAUGUACUGAUAUCUUAGCUUCUUAAGGGCCUGAUGAUGAUGUAUAUUUUAAACAUCGAAACCGGUCGCCCAACUUUUACUUUUACACUUUAAAUAAAUAAAAUCGAAUAAGCUUGUGAGUAGUAGACUUAUUGCCCACCUUACAUAAAUGAUUUUAGUUAUUGGAAAAAAAUAUUCUGUUUUUAGGAACAUCCGGAAUUAUUCCCUUACGCACAGGAUUCAUAAUCUCCAGUUCUUAUAAUAUAGCACUGGCCGUGCGAGUGGAAAUAAAAUAUAGAUUAUGUAUUUAAUUUUUUAUUGGGAAAUGCCAUACCCUCUUACUCAUGUGGUAGAGUAUGAAUUGUAUCUCUAUAUACUAUAUAUUAUUAGUAAUUAUAUAUUAAUGUAAAGCACCAAAACACACCAAGUUAGACAUUGAGCCCAGUUUUAAAAACCUAAUCAGCAAAUUAUAUUUAAAUAUUUUUCUCGCAUUAAUCCCCUUCCAAUUAUUGCCAAAUUUUACGUAGAUUUUAGUACUUCACCAAAUUAAAAGAUAUUCCUGUUUUUAGUAACAAUUAAGAUCUCAGGGAUUUUUUACUAAAUAAACAGAUAUUAUGUAGUUUACAUAAACAUAUUCAUAGUUUAGGAUAUGUGAGUAUUGAAUGUUAUUUUUAUAUUUUACCCCAAUUUUAAAUGAAAUGAAUUUUAGCUUUUAUUUUUACAAAAAAUAUUUAUGAAUUAUUGACUCCAUAACCUAAAAAUAUGUUACAAGAAAUGUAUAAAUUUAAUUUGUUUUAUAAUGUUAUUCAAUAAUAUUUUUGGUUUUAUAAUGUUCUUCAAUAAUAUUAUUAUAAUGUACUUACUUAAAUUCAUUUAAACUUGGUAGCCAGCAUAACUUAAGAUAGUAAUAUAAGUACUUUAUGUUACCUACCCGUUUAAAAUGCACGUAACUUUUUUUUUAUUUAACUACGGGUAUUACAAUUAUUUAAAAUUUUCGUAUCAAGAUCAACAAGUAUAAAAAAAGAUCAAAUAUAAUGAUGUAGUAGUGCUACUUCUGCUGCCUUUUAUAAGCUAGAAAACAAGAAUUGGUUAUAGUGGUAUCUUCCCUUAUAAGAGAGCAAAAUUUAGAAUUCAUUAUGUAUUUUUAUAUAAGGGUACUGAAUUGUAUAUAUUUUUGUUAUUUCACAUAUUACAUUCGUGUCUAUGUAUGUAUACGAAUAUUAAUAAAGUAUGUAUGCCCGUA